GCGCCGUUGGCAUAUAUAAUCGUCUCGAAUCGCCGUAUCGAGGUCCGCCUUCAAACUCUGGAGCCUGAGAGGCCAAAGCAAGAAGCGCAAUGCCGAAGCAAAUUCAUGAGAUCAAGGAUUUCCUUCUAACCGCAAGAAGGAAGGACGCACGUUCUGUCAAAAUCAAGAGAACAAAGGAUGCUGUGAAGUUCAAGGUUCGGUGCUCAAAGUACCUCUACACCCUUUGCGUGUUUGACUCUGAGAAGGCAGACAAGUUGAAGCAAUCUCUUCCUCCAGGCUUGACCGUACAAGACCUGUGAAGCAUUUUGGUAGCAAUCUGUGAGGCAUGCACUGAAGAAAUGUUAUUGUUUUAUGGAUUUUGAAGGCUGAAAAAACUCAUGUUUUGUUGGAGAUAGAUGUUAUUAUUCCCAGAUAUUUGGUUGUUUUGAAUUGAGUAUGGUUUUAUUAAGAGUCCAUUUCCAUUUGGAGUUGAUGC